AUGCAGCACAUGAUGCAGUUCGGAGAGCAGGUUCUCAAAGACCCCUCCUAUCUCCUCCGCCAGGCCAGGUUUGUGCACCGCGAGCUGCCCAUCCGGCUGGCCAAGCGCCUCAUGGAUCUUCAAUUCCUGCCUUACAUCGUCGUCACCAACCCACACAUCAAGCAGGUCUAUGACUCGUACCGCAGAGCGCUGGACCUGCUGGUUGCGUUUCCUGAGGUGCGGACGCAUGAGGACAAUGAGAAGUUCACGGAGCUGCUGGCACUGCUGGUGGAAGAGCACACACCCCUUAUAGGCGUGCUGGCACGUGGUGUGAGGGAGUGCUCCAUCCGGCCACUGGUGGGGCGAGAACUCAAUCUCGACAGCUUCCUUGAUAACAUGUUGCGGUCUCGUAUCAGCAGAAGGGUGGUGGCAGAGCAGCAUAUUGCACUGCAGCAGAAGAGACCAGGGUACAUCGGUGUUAUCUGCACCAACAUGUCGGCACGGGAGGUCGUUGAAGACGCAGUGGAGGAGGCAACAGACAUGUGCACGAGGACGUUUGGCUGCUGCCCUGAGUUCGUGCUCACAGGGGAUCUCAACACCUCAUUUGCGUACAUACCCUCACACCUGCAUUACAUGCUGUUUGAGAUUCUCAAGAACGCGUCCCGAGCAAUAGUGGAGCAUCACACAGACCAAUCAGGGGACUCGAUGCCCUCCUCUUCAGCCAAGUUCCCCCCCGUUAUAAUCACUGUCUGCUCCGGCUCAAACGAAGUUACGAUCAAGGUGUCUGAUUUGGGAGGCGGCAUUCCAGAGAAGCUUCAAGCCAAGGUGUGGCGCUAUGGGUACUCUUCGGUGGAGGGUGACGUCAGCACGUCUAGCACCCUGAGAUCCGCAGCUGGUGGUCCUGUGGACUCCCAAGGGACGCCCAUGGCGGGGCUGGGGUUCGGGCUGCCUUACUCGCGGUUGCUUGCGCAAUAUCUUGGUGGCAAUAUCGAGGUGUGCAUUGCGGUAUUGAGCAUUCCAGGCUACGGCACAGAUGUGUAUGUGAGGGUGCGGCGGGUCGUUGACCAGACAGAAGCCGUGGAGAUCUGA